AAAUAGUUAAAAAUUUACUUUUUUAAAAUGGCACAUCUAACGGGUACACGCGUUAGCAUGUUCAACGAAACGUUCCUAAACGACAACGAGCACGAUUCCAAUGCAGUGCUCAUGGAGCUGGACAAGGGGUUAAGGAGCCACAAACAGGGUAUACAAUGCGAGGCCAUUGUGCGGUUUCCACGUCUUUUCGAAAAGUAUCCGUUUCCGAUACUGAUCAACUCCUCAUUCAUCAAAUUGUCCGAGUUCUUUGUCAGCGGUUCGAACUUGCUGCGCUUUUGGGUUCUGCGAGUAUGCCAACAGAGCGAGAACCACCUGGACAAGAUUCUUAGUAUCGAUAGUUUUGUGCGACGCAUUUUCAUGGUAAUGCAUUCGAAUGAUCCUGUGGCGCGCGCAUUGCUGCUGCGCACCCUGGGUGCCGUCUCUCGCGUCAUUCCAGAAAAGCAGCAGGUUCAUCAUGCAAUACGUCGAGCGCUUGAUAGUCACGACACAGUGGAGGUGGAGGCAGCCAUAUAUGCUAGCAGUUGUUUUGCCGCCCAGUCGCGCUCCUUUGCCAUCAGCAUGUGUGCGAAAAUCUCGGACAUGAUCGAGUCGCUGCAAGUGCCGGUGCCCAUGAAGCUGCUACUCAUUCCUGUACUUCGACAUAUGCAUCAUGAUGCCAAUACUGCGGCGCUGGUUAGCAAGCUAUGCUUGGAGCUAUUGCCCAAAUAUCCAGCGCAGAGUUUUGUGGUGGCCAUUAUCAAUACAUUGACGCAAUUGUCUGCCCGCACAUUGGUGGGCGUGCCCGCCCAAUUAGAUGUGUUGCUGGACUUCAUGCAGGACUUUCGAACGCCAGUGCGCGUGCAAGUGCUGCGCUCCUUUUACGAACUAGCCGGCACGCAGAGUGUCCAUGCUUGGCCCAAGAACGCCAUUGGCGCUUUAAUUGGCAAAUUCGACACCUGCACUGGUGCCCAGGAACAUUUUUUAUUCCUCUCCAUUUUACUGAAGCUGAUAGACUGCCCACUCACCUGCCAGCAGUUGCUCAACGAGCACCGAGCCGCGCUUCUCAAGCUCUGCAUUGUGUGCAUCAGUAAACUGGACGACUAUACAACCGCCACACAGGCUAUGGCAGUACUGGCUGCGCUGGUCGCUUACGGUCUGAAGAAGCAGGUGGCCCAAGUCGAUGAUAUUCUGGAUGUGGUAAAUCUACACAUGGAGGGUCUGCUUCUAUGCACGGCACGCAAAGCUGAAUGCACGAAAGAUCUGCGACGUAUCUUGGCCUACGGUAUUCGCAUAACGCAAGCGGAUGCAGAGUUUGGAGCAGACUUUAUAGAAAUGGUUACUAACACAUUGGGCGACAACGUCACGUAUCCGCCGGCCAAUGCGGAGCUAAUAUGUGAGGCGCUGGUGGGACUCUGCGAGCAUUUCCAGUUAAAAAAAUACGCAUUCUCUAGCUUUGAGGGAGAGGAGGAUGAAAUGGUUAUGCAAACUGACGAACCUCCGCCCCCAAAGAUCAAUCCGAUGCUUGAACGUCUUCCGCUUAUACUCCACAAGCUAAACAAACUCAUAGAUAAUGCGGAGCAGUCGGAUCCCCAGUGGCACACUGUUGAGAUUCUAAGCGCGUUGGUGUUGCAGACCACCAUGGGCUGUUAUCUGCCCCAAAUGGUGGUACAGUGUUUCGAGAAAUGCUUGGAUCGUGCCAACUGCUGGACAUUGUAUCGCAUAGCAAGAACAGCCAGUCGCUACGGUCAUCAUUAUGUCGCAGCCCACAUCUAUACGAAGGUCUCUGAGAUGGUCAUCAGCGAUCACAUGCACUAUUUUCUCGUUGCCCUCACGCAAAUCUCCCAAGCCGAGUGCAUUUUGAACUAUGGACUAGACUAUGCGCACAUGCGGAAUAAUUAUGCACUGGCAGCAGCACCGGAGCCGAUGCUUCCACUGAUGAAGCGUCUGGAAAUGGCCAGCAAUUUGUAUCAACAGGCAUUGGCUAGUUUACGCGCCUGUUCCUCGCCACAGCAUCCGUGCACCUUUCAGCUGGAAUAUCUGAAGAUUCGUGCACAGUUUCUGCAAACUCUUCACCUUGCCGUUACAGUGAAGAAUGCUCAGGUGAUUGUGCCACCACCAGCAAUUGCUGGAAGCUUGGCACAAAAUGCACGCGACUAUCUACAGAAGUUCGGACAUGUCACAAACCAACUGCGCAAACUAGUUAAAACGUUGAAAGCCUGCGAGGAGUCCUAUGCGCGUCUCUACAAAUCAUCUUUCGAUGCCGAUCAUGUGACGCUGGAAUUUCUCGAAGUCGCUGAAUUUCAGUGCGCACUCUUUGCGCACAUUAUCGAGUCCAUUUGCUAUGCCACGCCGCCAGAAGCGCCUGUUUUUCUAACCACUGGGGAGCAUCCGGAGACGCGGUACUUUGCGUCCAGCUGCCAGCGUAUGGAGCUAAUGCAAAAGAAUUUGCCACAGGAGCCUCCAAACGCAAAGACGAUUAGCAACCGACAUCUGGAUGUGAUUAUUGCGCAAAUCGAGAUAAUAACAAAGACACCACUCUGUCUGCCGCGCUACUUCUUCCAGAUUUUGCAGUCCACACAGAUCAAGCUAUCGGUGAGUCCACAGCCUCGCAGUGCUUCGGAACCAGUAAUUGUGCAAUCGGGCAGCAAUCUGGUCAUUAAAGUGGAAGGUGUGCUGCAACAUUUCACUAAGAAGAAGCAACAUUUUCGACGCGUCGACUCCGUGCAACUUAGCCUCACCUCGCAGUUGAUGACGCCACGACUAACCAGCGAACUCAUGAAGCCCAACAAUGAUACCGUCACACUCAAUCAAACAGUCAAGCCACAACGUGAUUUCCUCUCCGGCAGCUUUCUGCUGCCCAUCUCUAGUGGCGGCCAGUUUCAGGUUACGCUCGAAACGUUUGUCAUUGACGAGCAUGGCAUUACAUGGUGCACCGGCCCCAAGAGCUCCAUGUUAGUGCGUGUGCUGGACGAUCCCACAAAGCCAACAACGGCGCCGACGCCCAGCAGCUCCCAAGCUGUGGGCCAAACUCGCCGAUUCUAAG